UAGCGUGCUGAGUUACUCAGUACGCAAUCCGCGUCCACUUCAAUCCCUCCAUCGCACGAGUCGCGCCCGAGCUCAUGUCCAUGGCGGAUUCCAUGGCGAGUUCUUCAUCCAUCUCUCAAGUUCUCAUCAGAUUAUCUGGACCCAUCCGAGAAACCCUAGAAAUCACUCCGUACACUCCACCCGAUGGCCCCAACAUCUCCAUCAAAUCCAAUCUCCUAUCUCUCCUUCCCCCAAACCGUAGAGAAAGCAUUCGAGUCGAAAUCAGAGACUUCUGCCUCUGCUGCGCGGCUUUGGCUUCUGCCGCUAGCUUGGACAGCGGUCCGAUCUCUUGGAUUCCCAGACCUCUGUCUGCCGCAGCGAAUUCCGCUGUGGCAGAGCUCUCGGAAGCUGUUUACAGAGGUUCGGAUGGGGAUGGAUUGAUUGGAGCCGGAGAUUCUGAUGCGCAUUUCUCUUUGGCUCCGAAGGAGAGCAGAUUGGUCGGGGAGCUGAUGCCGGACGUGUUACCAUUGCUUACGGGGGUGAUUAAGGAGAGCUCAAUCGGCUCCGAGGAUGAUGAUGAGAUUGCUGCUGCUUCUGCACGGGCCCCGGUCGCGGAAGCGAUCGUUGCCGCACACCAGUUCCGAUGGUUCGUCACACAGGUCAAUUACCCAUAUUUGGGGAAAGUAUGCAAUUUAGUGCUUCCUUGCGCAUUGACAGCUUUGGAUCACUGGUCACCGGAAGUGAAGGGCCAGGGUAUGGUGAGCUUGAUACAUCUAGCAAAGAAUGUGAAUGCAGCUGAGCUAGGUUGGUAUGAAGAUGUAGUUCUCGAUGCAUGCUGUCGGAAUAUUGCUUCUAGUGAUGAGCUGUGGCAUUAUGUGGUUGAGAUGUCUGUGCUUUUGGUGACUUGUAUUCAAAGGCGGAACCCUCGUAGUCCUUGGUUUGAGAGGAUGCUAAGUGAGAUGCUAGGCCACUUGGAGCGCCAACCAAAGAAUAAGCAACGGUGUAUGUCAUGGCUUCAACUGAUUGAGCCACUUUUCAAUGCCAUGGGACUUGUUCUAUUGGCCCAUUUCAGACGCAUUUUUCCUCUUUUCUUUAAGUGGAUGCAUGUCGAUGAUGAUGAAACUGUUCUACUGGUCCUCGAUCUCGUCCACACAAUUGUAAAGUUAACAUGGAUCAGGAACACACCAUAUAUUGACAGAUUAGUAGAUGAGCUUAUCCUUAUAUACAAGGAAUCAGCAAUGAGAAAGGGUCGUGAAGCAAUCCGUUCGCGAGUUCUUCAGAUAUUGCUCUCAUUGCAGCAAUGCAAGGGCCCACGUUUCGCAGCAGCUUGGGACAAGCACAAGGAUGACCCAAACCUAACUUCUCUUGCAUUGACCUUCGGGAAAAUCAACACUAUCUCUGUUGUGCAGUAAUGGAAAGUGCAAGAACUCUUAAAGCUGUAUUCAGGUAGGAACUGGAUGAAUAGGUAACACUUGAGCUAAGAACUCUUAGAAUAUGGGUCAACGAAAUGGGCAGUUCUUGUGUGCGUGCUGGCGCCUGCAUCACCUGGAUCAUGGUUUCUCCAGAAGUUGGGAUGGAUCUUGUGAAAGAAGAAUUGCAUGAUCAUUUUGUAUAAUAGGGCCCAUGCAUUCUUGAUCCAAAUCAUUUAUGUAAUUUUUUAUUUAUUUUUAUUAACCAUGUAGACCACCAAUUGGACAGUUUGGAUUUAGGACUGCCCCAUCAGGGGCAAUUUUGGAGUCCAUCCGUGGUUGGGCCAUCAGAUCAAUUAUAUACCAUCAAACCAUGGGCCCCACUUGUACAGACUGAAAGAUUGAGUAUACAAUGCACAACCUCGUGUUGAGGAUCGUAAAAGUAUGUGAUUUAUUAUUAUUAUUAU